AUGUUGCUACGAAUCCGUGGCCCCGACGGCAUGGUCCGCCUGACCGUGGAGCCGACGAUGACAUUUGGUGAGAUGGGACAGCAGCUUCUCACCCAUCUCCCGCCCACGGUUGAUCCCAAGACGAUCAGCAUGUCCAACUCGCCCUCCGGCGGCGACGCGAAGCGCCUCGGCGACAUUGUCAAUUUCGAGAUUGGCCGGAUUGGACUAAAGCACGGCGACCUCAUCUUCAUCACAUAUCAGCACCAGAGCGACGCCGCGAAUGGCUCCAACGGCAGCGCACCCAUCAACUCGGGCAAGCUCAACGGCAAGCCUGUCCUGCCUGGCGAGGAUUUUCCCGUCGACCAAAAAGUCGAGAGAAUAGCCAGACCCUGGGAGGUUGUAAAGCAAGCUCCCCUUGAUGACCGCCUCGACCGCCAGGACGGCAAGAUCCCCCGCGGCCGCGACAAAAUGUGUCGCCACGGCCCCAAGGGCAUGUGCGACCACUGCCAGCCCCUCGACCCGUUUAACGCGACAUACCUGGCCGAGAAGAAGAUCAAAUACCCCUCGUUCCACUCCCACCUGCGCAAAAUCAACUCGGCCACCAACAGACCCGAGCUUGGCAGCUCCUAUAUCCCCCCGCUCGCCGAGCCCUUUUACAGAGUGAGGCGUGACUGUCCGUCUGGCCACCCCCAGUGGCCCGAGGGCGUCUGCACAAAGUGCCAGCCCAGCGCCAUCACACUGAAUCCGCAGCCGUUCCGCAUGGUCGACCACGUCGAGUUUUCGAGCCCCUCCAUCAUCGAUGUCUUCAUCGACGCCUGGCGCAAGACGGGCUCACAGCGGCUAGGCUUUCUCUAUGGACGAUAUGCAGAGUAUACAGAGGUGCCUCUCGGAAUCAAGGCUGUUGUGGAGGCCAUUUACGAGCCCCCACAGGUCGAUGAGAUGGACGGCGUGUCGCUAAGUGCUUGGGAGAACCAAAAAGACGUUGACUACAUCGCCGGACUAUGUGGGCUGGAGCCCGUCGGCGUCAUUUGGACUGAUCUGCUCGAUGCUGGCCAGAGCAACGGCUCAGUGGUCUGCAAGCGCCAUGCCGAUUCCUAUUUCCUGAGCUCUCUAGAGACUUGCUUCUCUGCACGUAUGCAAGCGCAAUACCCCAAGGCGACGAAAUGGAGCGACACUGGAAAAUUUGGCUCGAGUUUCGUUACUUGCAUCGUGUCAGGCAACGAAGACGGCGAGAUUGCCAUCUCCGCAUACCAGGCAUCCAACGACGCCGUUGAGAUGGUACGGGCUGACAUUGUUGAGCCCUCUGCCGACCCCACGCAGAUGCUGGUGCGCAGUGAAGAGGAGGACGACGGCUCGACAAGUCGCACGCGCUACAUUCCCGAGGUGUUCUUCCGCAGAGUCAAUGAGUACGGCGCCAAUGUGCAAGAAAAUGCCAAGCCAGCAUUCCCUGUCGAAUAUCUCUUUGUAACUCUGACGCAUGGCUUCCCCGCCGACCCCAAACCAACCUUUACACAACCAGGUUUCCCGAUUGAGAACCGCCAAUACAUUGGCGAGAGCCAGGAGCACACUGCCGUGGCCAAGGCGCUGGGCAUGAGACCGGGCCAAAGGACGAGCGAAAACUGCCAAGAAGUCUCCAACUUCCAUCUACUGUGCUUCCUUCACCAAAUGGGCACCAUGUCCAAGGACGAAGAAGCUUUGCUCUGCAAGGUGGCCAGCCAGCACGACCUUGCCGACUCGUUCCAGCUGCGCUCCACAGAGGGAUGGCAGACCCUACAGGCCAUCCUCCAAUCGACUGGUGAGCGAAUCCCCAAGCGCCGACGCGACGUGGGUCUCGCCGACGGCUUGUCGCCCUCGUCGCCCUCUCCGUCCACCUCCCCACCAUCUUCCACCUCUUCCCUACACCAUUCUAUACCCCGCGACCCGGAUGAGCCCUUGACUAAACGGAUGGCUGCCUUUAGGCUAAAUGAGCGCCGCCCCGGGAGCAGCCGGCCGCGACCGCAGUGA